AUGGGCAAACUUCUUGGCCAAACGUCCUGUUUUUUGUGGUGCACGAAGGAUCAUCCUGCACCUCAGUGGGCCGCCUGUGGCUGGGCACCAUUGGUGGUGGUUGUCCAAGAGGUGCCCGAGGACCCAACAAAAGCGAUAUGGUCAGAUGAGCUACAGCAAAUCUCCGCCGACCGACUAGAUGCGAAAGUUCACAAGGAUAAGAACAUGCUCAAAAAGUUCAAGGCUUGGAGGCAAAGUGCUUCGGAUCCUUUGAUGUACAAGAUCCUCUGA